AUGACGACUCCAACGUCUACAACAGUGAUGGGAGCAGCAGAUCGGUUUCGCCUCUUGGUAGAAUCGCUGCCAGACGAAGAGCGACAGCUUUUUGAGUCAUGCAACAAUGCAGAUAAGCUGUUCGAAAAUAUUAGAAACUUGGAGAGCAAAAACCUCAACAAGGGCAAGGACCGGCGGCGCUACAUGGAGCUCACCAAGACAUUUAUCGAAGCCGUACAGCCCAUGUUCAAAGUCUUGGACACGUUUAAUUUGGUCGAUCCAAUGCAUGUUGCAUCAAUAUGGGGAGGAGUGCGGGUUGUACUCCAGGUGGUCACGAUGAAUUUUGUCAGCUUCUACAGCAAAAUAGCCACGUCGCUGCGUGAAAUAUCCACCAUGGUCCUUUUCUUCAAGCAAGUCAAGGUAAAUAACUUAGUGUUGGGGUCAGAAACCCUCAAAUCUCUUCUAGAGAACAUCUUUGCCGAGAUUCUCGAUUUCCUGGCUGGCAUAGUUGGGUUGUUUUACACAGGCCAGGGCACGAAAAGCCGAGUUCGCAUAUAUGGCGGCGCAGCUCUCAAACCCUUUCGCUACGGCCAAGUUUUGGUCCAGCUGAAGGAGUACAGGUCUGCAAUAACUUCGGAGCUCAUUCGCAUCCAAGCGCUCGAGAUACAUAGUUUUAGUCUCUCCGGGACGCAAAUACAGCAAAGAUUUGAGAAGGAAAGCAAUGAAGCCAUGUUGCAGAGGUUCAAGCAGUGGCUUGCUCCAACCACUUAUACUUCUCGGUAUGAAGAUGCACAAAGUCUGCGCACGCCUAGCACUUCUCAGUGGAUCUUCGACGAUCCAGCUUACCAAAAAUGGCUAUCUAUACACGAUAGCUCAGCUUUACUUUGGAUUCAUGGAAAACCUGGUGCUGGGAAAACAAUCUUAGCAGCCACUCUUGUCGAGCAUCUCAAAGAUGUGGAUGCAAACCCAUUUUACUUCUUCUUCGACUCUCUUCAAUCAUCGUCCAAAGCAAGCGUGGAUGCAUACGUUGCGAUCCUUUUGCAAAUUCUUCACAAGAAUCCAUCGAACUCGCAGAUUUUGGAUCUCAUCAACUUCACAAUACUCUUUGCCACAGAUGGCCAGCCUACAGCAACAAUCAAAGAAGCGGCCGAUCUUCUUCAGCUCUGUCUUCAACUCACUGAGUUUGAGGGUAUGACGCUAGUUUUGGACGGACUUGAUGAAUGUGCAGACGCGUCAAAAGAAUUGAUGCCCCUUAUAAAAAGGAUUAGCUCACAGAGCAAAAUCCGUCUAAUAUUACUGGGCCGCUCAACCGUACGUGGCUACCUCAAAGGCAUAGCUGUCGAAGAUUUAUCAAUUGGCGACUCGAAUUUUCACGAUAUUCAGGCUUAUCUUAAAGAUGAACUCGAGGCUUGUAUCAAUGAUGAGUUACUGCCUGAAGAGCUCGAUAUUGAAGCAACGGCAGAAAAGCUGAGUCGCCGAGCGGAUGGAAUGUUUCUAUGGGCACGCCUGAUGAUGACGUACUUGGCCUUGCCUAGUUUGCUCAUGUCCGAGAGGAUAGAGGCCAUCCGAGAAAUAGAUAUGCCAGAAGGCCUUGACAUUAUGUAUGAGCGGAUUCUGGUGCAGAUAUACAAGGGAAGCGGAACAUCCUUUAAGCUUGCAGCUCACGUAUUUACAUGCCUCCUUUACGGCAAUCGUGAGCUGGAGGAAAGAGAGUUGGAAGACUCCGUCGUCUCGCGCAAACGAGGCGGCAUCGACGAGCAAUCUAGAAGUUUUUCCAACUUUGUAGAUACGAUAUUGUUAGUUUGCGGCGGUUUCGUGGAGAGGUCACAGCAAGGCAGCUUCCGCUUCAUCCACGCUUCCGUCCACGAUUACUUCAAGGAAGAGCCUCAGAGAAGACUGACAGGGCGCAGUCAGUUCCAAGAUCCGAUUCUCGUAUCGACUCGUGUGGCGGGCAACUUACGUUUAGCGACGCACUGCCUCGAGUACAUCAACUAUGCUCUACCUAAAAAAAGACUCACUCCGCCAGAAACACCAAAGUCUCAAUUGGAGAACCAAGUCCCUCUCAGCAACUACGCCACAACGCAUUGGCACACACACAUGCUUGCGACGAAUGGCACUUUAGUGGAAGUACAGAAUGCCCAUAAAGAAGAGCCUGAUGCUUAUAGUGAAUUUAUUUCGGCGCUAUGCCAGCUUCUGUCUCGGCCGUCAGCUGUAUCAGCUUGGAUCCAGAGUUGCUAUGCGUUCCACUGGGAGCCUCCAUAUCUGUCCUUGAUGGAAUGGGCGGCGCAAUCCGAUUUACCUGGUUUUCCAUGGCGCCAGUAUUCGCCUCAAAUCGAUGAUGUUAUCCCCAAUGUUCGAGAACUAGCUCAAUAUCUGAACUGGAUCAUCGCCGAUUGGAGCGUUCACUUACACGAAGAUUCAAGUUGCAUAUAUGACGAGGCCGCAGCUUUCAUAAAGUCUGAGUAUGCGACUAAGCCGUCGGAUAUAGCUGUAAAGAGGCUUGUAUCGGCUACUCCAGCAUCCAAUGUUUCUAGUGAACCGCUUCAUAAAAUUUCCAAGAUGAUGCCUGAUGGCAGGCAAGAUUAUGUACUGAGCAUCUAUCCACCAAUUACAUAUCUAAAAUGGAGCCGGAAUCUUGAUUGGGAUUCUGAUUUUUCUGAAAUCGAGCAGCAUUCACUGAGCUGGGUCGCACGGCUCGAGAUUUUCGAUAUCGACAGAAGCUACGACAAUGCCACUGCAUGCUUCGAGAUGGACAUCGAUACUAAUGAAGUUCUUUUGCAACUAACUCAAUCACUGAUGUGCUCCUCGUCAGGUGCCGUCCUACAGUUUCCCAUUUCUCUUAGUAGUGACGGUCAGGCGUUUACCGUAUUGAGGACAGUCUAUCGUCUCAGAAAGACCCCUAACGAGCUCGGCGUUGCCUCACAUGUACUGGCUUUCAACGCAUCUCAUCCAUUUUGGCAGCCAAGAAUAUCAUCGGGGUGGAAGGCUCAUGCCAACAAUUUAUACCUUUACUGGAUUUAUUUUGACGACCAAGGGCAGUACCUCUGCUUGGUGGAGCAGUUUCUCAAUCAUGACUUGACUGUCUGGGCAUUCGGGUACAAUCGAAUACAAAGUAUUGAUACGUCCCCCCAAUUUAUUUCUCAAGUAUCGAUCCCAUUAGAGAGAGGCUUUGUCGAACACUACCCAGGCAGAAACCGCAGGGAAUUCGAGUUGGCGUAUCACCCAUUGGGGGGCGCAAUAGUCGUGGCCGGAUGCAACAAAUCAGCUUUCCUCUGGAACUUUGAGAGCCGUCGAACGCUUUAUCCGCUAAAUGGUGGCUCGGGCGGAAAGUUGGAGAUGUUAUCUUUUACUUCAGACGGAAAGUCGGUUGUAUGGAGAAGGAGCGGCGAGUUGCCAUUCGCCAUUAGCGUAGAAUCAAUGCUACCGUCAAAGCCUCCAACAGUGGACCUGCUUGAUCGACCUCUCGAUCAGACAUCGAAUGAGGAAGAGAAUGGCGGCGAUGAGUGUAGACUGCUAGAACUCCCCACGCCAGUCUCUUCACAGGUUGCCACAUUUGGUGCAGGUGCCGGCGCCAUUCGCCCGUAUGGCAGUGGUACUCUCACACAUGAGCCCGGCCAAAGCGGGAAAGAGGUUCUUUUGAUGGUAUCUGACAGGCGGGUUGUGGUUUCACAAGUCCCAUCAUCCGAGAGAAAUGACGACGCUGGCAUACCUAAUGAAAACGACCACGGGAAGCAGCUCGAGCUACAGAACAACCAAAAUUUAAUACUCACACGCAUUCCAAACUGGGGUUUCAAGGCCGCUACUCCCACUGUGAUCUUUCCUAGAGAAGAUGGCGACCCAGUCCGCAUUGUGCUGGACAAAGAUUCCACGACUGCUAAUCGGGUAAACCCAAGCCAAAGCUUCAGCAGUGCCGGUGGCAAUCAAUUGUCGCAUCAGAAUAGCCCCGUGAUUAUUGAGAGGCAGAUCAAGUCAAUUCAGAGGCACAAUCAAUACAGCACACAGACACCUUUGCUCUUGUCCUCACCAGAGCAGCUGGAAGGCAACGACGUCGCACGACUUGAUCGAGAUGCAGAUGCAAACAUAGAAGAGGCUGCAGAAAAAGAUGGAAACACUUCAAGCACAGACAAUACGGCCAUCAUAAUCACACAGCCGAUAGCUAAAGUUGAUGAAGACACAGCUGUAAGCAUGCCGCUGGCGCCCAAUCCCAUAACAUCGACUACGGAGAGUCCUCGCGACAAUAUCAACCCUACGAAAGAGAAGAAAUUUGGGAAGAAGCUUCUUGGAAGCUUGUCCAGGUUUUUGAAAAGAAAGCCAAAGGUGUAA